AUGGUUUACUGAACCAAAAAAGACAACACUGACAACGUAGCAAGGCGAACUACCCGUAUCAACACGUAGUUGUUGUUAGUUUAGUUAAUUUAAGCCGACUUGCUGCCGGUCGCCAGUACAGCUGAUGAUGUUCGGUUAGCUUGGCAAGCUAGCCUAGCCACGUAAACAAUGGGCAGCUCUUCAUCAUGCCUGUAGACGGUUCAGAGGACCAGGUGCCCUCCUCUCUCUCCAGCCCUGCCAGUGCUGCCCUCACCCCAGGAGGGACAGAAGAGGAUGGGGCUACAGGGGGCUCAGCUGCCGUCUGCUCUUUCCCUGAAAACAGUCAGGGAUCUGAAGCUGCUGCAGCCUAUCCUGCCAACACUGGACCUGGGGAGGGCAACAUUGGUUGUAAGAGGUCCGGAGCCUUGCUGCAGAUCAACCGACAGCGUAUCCAAGCAGCGUCUGCCAGUUCUGGAGCCGAUGAACUCCAGGGCCUUGGUGUGGCUGUGUAUGACCAAGAUGUCCUGGAGCAAGGCGUCCUGCAGCAAGUGGAUGAGGCAAUCCAUGAGGCCAAUCAGGCUGCUGCUAAAGCUGAGGCUGAGAAGGAAUACCACUCUGUGCUUGAUGAUGUCAGGGCCAUCACAGUGUCUAUGAAACAAAUCAACAAGAUCAUUGAGCAGCUGUCUCCCUAUGUCGCCUCGAGCAAAGAUAUCAGUAGGAAGGUUGAAUCUGUCAAACGACAGAAAGAAAAUAAGGAAAAACAGCUAAAAAAAGUCAGAGCCAAACAAAAGCGACUUCAGGCCAUUCUGGGAGGAGAGGACACAGAACGGGUGGAGGCUGAACUUUUGGCAGAGGAAGAUGAAGAUGAAGAGGAAGAAGCUGGGCCGUCCACACUGGGCAGCAUGCUCAUGCCAGCUCAGGAGACUGAGUGGGAAGAGCUUAUCAGGAAAGGUCACAUGACUCCUUUUGGAACACGAAUCCCGCAGAAGGAGGAAAAAAAGGAACCUCGAAAAGUGAUGCUUGCUGAGAACUCUGCCUUUGACCUUUACCUGGCGGACCAGGCCAAGAUGGCUACUGAGAGGAGGAAAGGCCCUCUUCCAAAGAAGAAGCAGAAGAGCGGCUCUGGACGCAGCCCUCAGAAACCCAACAGAAUUGUUUCUCCUUCCAAGGACAAAAAAAUUAAGAAACGCAUGAGAAAGCUCCAAAUAACAGCUCUGAAGGCCCAUCCUAAGGCUCGACCUAAAGCUGAACCACAACUCCCUAAAGCGAAGAGAAAGCAUCGUGCUGAGGGAGAGGAUACAGACAGCGAGGGGUCAGAGUACCUGCCCAGUGAUGAAGGCAUAGAUCCUGAACAAGAGGAAAGAGAAGCAAUGGAGGAGGGCUUUGGGGAGGAUGAUGAAGAAGAGUAUCAGAUGAGACCAUACAAGAAAAAAAGUGAAGGUAAAGGGAGGAAGAAAGGAAAGAAAAAAGAGGACAGUGAGGAAGAAUAUAGCCCCGAGAGUUCAGAUGAAGAGGAGGAUACGAAGGGUAAAGACAGAAAAAACAAAGAUGAUGGAGAUAUGGAGUACUACAGACAGCGAAUAAGGAGAUGGAAGCGACAACGUCUUCGAGAAAGGGAGGAAAAGAGAGAAAGAGGCGAUGAGCUUACAGACGACAGCGAUGAAGAAUUUGACGAAGGCUUCAAAGUGCCUGGUUUCCUCUGGAAAAAACUUUACAAGUACCAGCAGACAGGUGUGCGGUGGAUGUGGGAACUCCACUGUCAGCAGGCAGGUGGCAUCCUUGGAGAUGAGAUGGGAUUGGGUAAAACCAUCCAGGUCAUCUCCUUUCUGGCUGGACUGAGCUACAGCAAACUGAGGACCAGAGGAUCCAACUACAGGUAUGCUGGUCUGGGCCCAACAGUUAUCGUGUGCCCAGCUACGGUCAUGCACCAGUGGGUAAAGGAGUUUCACACCUGGUGGCCUCCUUUCAGAGUCGCUGUUCUACAUGAAACUGGCUCAUUCACCAGCAACAAGGAAAAGCUUAUUCCAGAGAUAGCAUCAUGUCAUGGUAUCCUGAUAACCUCGUAUUCAGCUGUGAGGACUAUGCAAGACAUCUUGCAGCGCUACGAUUGGCACUACGUUAUACUGGAUGAGGGCCAUAAGAUCAGGAAUCCAAAUGCUGGAGUUACCACUGCUUGUAAACAGUUUCGCACUCCCCACAGAUUCAUCCUGUCAGGCUCUCCCAUGCAGAACAAUUUGAAGGAGCUGUGGUCUCUGUUUGACUUUGUCUUUCCUGGCAAACUGGGGACGUUGCCUGUCUUCAUGGAGCAGUUCUCUGUGCCGAUCACCAUGGGAGGAUACAGCAAUGCGUCACCUGUACAGGUCCAGACAGCGUUUAAGUGCGCUUGUGUGCUGAGGGACACCAUAAAUCCUUACCUGCUCAGAAGAAUGAAAGCAGACGUCAAGGCCAACCUCUCCUUACCUGACAAAAAUGAACAGGUUCUGUUUUGCAGAUUAACAGAGGACCAGCGGCAGGUUUAUCAGGGCUUCUUAGAUUCCAAAGAGGUCUACCAGAUACUUAACGGAGACAUGCAGGUAUUCUCAGGUUUGAUCGCGCUACGCAAGAUCUGUAACCACCCGGACCUUUUCUCGGGCGGCCCCCGGAUGUUGAGGGGAAUCCCAGAGGACCAGCUAACUAAGGAGGAACACUUUGGCUAUUGGAAACGCUCAGGGAAGCUAAUCGUGGUGGAGUCUCUGCUGCGACUGUGGUUCAAACAGGGCCACAGAGUCCUGCUCUUCACUCAGUCUAGACAGAUGUUGGACAUUUUGGAGGUAUUUGUGACGGAGAACAGCUAUACGUACCUGAAAAUGGACGGCACUACCACAAUAGCUUCCCGACAGCCCCUCAUCGCUCGCUACAACGAGGACAAAUCCAUUUUUAUCUUCUUGUUGACCACUAGAGUCGGAGGUCUGGGAGUCAAUCUGACAGGAGCCAACAGAGUCAUCAUCUAUGACCCAGACUGGAACCCCAGCACCGACACACAGGCACGGGAACGAGCAUGGAGGAUCGGUCAGAAGCAGCAAGUGACGGUUUACAGACUGUUGACUGCAGGGACCAUCGAGGAGAAAAUCUAUCACAGGCAAAUCUUCAAACAGUUUCUGACCAACCGUGUACUAAAGGACCCAAAACAAAGGCGGUUCUUCAAGUCGAAUGACAUCUAUGAACUCUUCACUUUGGCUGACCCUGAUGGAUCUCAGGGAACAGAGACGAGUGCCAUUUUUGCUGGUACAGGUUCUGAAGUCAAGGCACCAAGGAAACCUCAGAGGCCAAGGCCAUCACACUCUGUACACCAUGGCAGUCAUAUAAAUAAGCACUCCUCAGCAAGCCAGAUUGAAACUGGUAACACUCUGUGUCGUAAAAACAAUACGGGUAACGCAAAUGGCCCAACAACCAUUCAAAGCACCAACCAAAGUGGCCUGGAUGUAGAGCCAAAUAUUCCUGCAAAUACACAGCAUACAGGGCAGAAUAACAGAGACUGGGACGCAGCCAAGCCAGCUGUAAAAAACUCAAACUCAUCCAGCUCUCACCAACACACUGACAAAGACUCUGCACUCACCAGCCCACAGAAACACAGGGAGAAGAGGAAGCACUGUGACUCAGUUGACUCGGAUAAACGCAAACAUAAGAAGCGUAAACACGCCAAGGAUUCUCGGUUUGAAGGCCAUCGCAUCUCUCACUUGGUAAAGAAAAGGAAUUUUACCAAAACGGACAGUGACGACGAAGGGAAGGAGAAGAAAUCAGACGAUUACGUCUUGGCAAAACUCUUCCGAAAAUCUGGUAUCCACAGUGUGAUGCAGCAUGACACCAUCAUGGAGUCCUCCAACCCUGACUAUGUUCUUGUGGAGGCAGAAGCCAACAGGGUGGCCAAAGAUGCCCUGAAAGCGCUUAAGGUUUCUCGCCAGCAGUGCAGACUGUCCUACAACAGACCCCCUCCUCCACCUGCAAGGAAACGGUUUGGACAAAAGAAAAAUUCUCUCAUGGUUACACCAUCUGUUCAAUCUGUCCCCACCCCGAACAAAUGCAAGGAUGCUGCUAUUGUUAAGAAGGCAAUAUCAAAGAAGCCUGGUUCAGGAGCUCAUUUCAGCGGGGAGGGCGCUGAAAGUGACUCAAACUCCGCCCCUCUCUCCUCCUCCUCCCUGCUGGCCAAGAUGAAAGCACGCAAUCACCUCAGUGUGCCCUCCAGCCAAAGAGAAGAAGAAGAGGACGAAGACGACUCUGCAGCUCCUGGAAGGAGCUCCCCCACAGCUCCACCCACUGAGCAUGACGAUCUGUUGGUGGAUUUGCGCAACUUUGUAGCCUUCCAGGCGAAUGUGGACGGAGAGGCCACCACUAAAGAAGUGCUGGAGUAUUUCAAACCAAGACUGACGGAGAAACAGGCGCCUGUCUUCAGAGAGCUGCUCAGGAGCAUCUGUGACUUCCACAGGACUUCUGGUCAGGAGGGGAUGUGGAGGCUGAAGGAGAACUUCCGCUGAGUGAAGAACGGAUCAAAGACUAAUGAGAUGCAUAUUUGCAUACUUGUCAGUACUUGUCUGUAGAGUUUAAGCUAGAAUAUAAUUUUUGUUUAUUUGUUUUUCAUUACGUUUUGUUAUAUACUGUCAAAUUAAAACGUGUCUGACAAAAAUACAUUGACCACAUUGUAGUAAAGACAUUUUACAGUUUAAUGAACUGGUGGGUAAGCUAAUUAACUCAUAUUAUGAGUUUAUUAUCAGUAAACUGUCUUUAAGGAGAGGCCCAUUGCCAUGAAUUGGUUUGAGAUUUGUGCUUGUUCACACAUUUUUGCAAUUGCUUGUGUCUGUUCCAUUGUUGUUCCUGGUUACACUUGAAUUCACUUGUUUUAUAUUUACGUAAAAGAUAAAACCGUAUUACAUUUUCAGAGGGAUAUGUGUUGUUCAAAUGCUUUGUUGAUUUACCAGCAUCAUGUGUGUCAUAUUUUGUAAGUUGCCUCUAUAAACUGUGAUGGGAAAUCAUCAUCGAUUUUGGUAGAUUUUUGAAGUGAUUGACUUUUAUGAAACUGAAAACAAAUUUAGUGUUUGGGAACUUAAUGUUUAAAUGACCUACCUCCAAUUAUUGACGAAAAGCUAAAUAAUUUAGCUGCCAUUUUUUAUAAAGAAAAAGGCUUGUACACUGUCUGGGAUUUCACUAUAUGUAAUAAACCUCUGCAACUGCU